AAAACUGGAGCUGUGUUCCCCCCCCGCUUCUCUGGGCGAGCCAGACACGGUUUGCCCAGUGCAGAGAGAGGGGCUCCUCCGUGUUCCGCCUCCGUGGAGUAUUUGGGAUUGGAGAGAGACACACGCACACGCACACACACACACACACACACACACACACAGAGACCAUCUGCAGUGUCAAUGCGGCGCCUGCUCUGAAGACUGAAGUAGGGGGAAAGGAGAGGGAAAAGGAAUAAUCUAUGUAUUUAUAUAUAUAAACCCACCCAAAAGCAAGCGAGGAGCUUUCCCAGGACAAAAUCUGCCAGGGAAUUGGUGUUUUGAAGACACUCACAGCUUCCAAUUCUCAUUCCCUUGGGAAUACAAACCUUUCUAAAUAUGUCACCAGCCAUGUGGAAAUGGACUUGCCUGGUUUCUCACCUCCUGUUAUCUGCCACAGUGUCACCUCUUGGGAGGCAGCAGCCUCCCCACCCAAAGAGGCCCUUCAUCACCUUCACUGGAGACCAAACGGAGGGGAACUUCAACCACUUAGUGGUUGAUGAAAGGACUGGGCACAUUUACCUGGGAGCUGUCAACAGGAUCUAUAAACUCUCCAGUGACCUGAAGGUCCUGGUGACCCACCAGACCGGUCCUGAUGAUGAUAAUCCCAAGUGUUACCCUCCCAGGAUAGUCCAAACCUGCAAUGAACCCUUGACACCCACCAACAACAUCAACAAAAUGCUCCUCAUAGACUACAAGGAGAAUCGAUUGAUAGCCUGUGGAAGUCUUUACCAGGGCAUCUGUAAGCUUUUGAGGCUGGAUGACCUCUUCAAGCUGGGAGAACCCUUCCACAAGAAGGAGCAUUACCUCUCUGGCGUGAAUGAGAGUGGCUCUGUUUUUGGAGUCAUUGUUUCUUACAGCAACAUGGAUGACAAGCUGUUCAUUGCCACUGCUGUGGAUGGCAAACCUGAGUAUUUCCCCACUAUUUCCAGCAGAAAGCUUACCAAGAACUCCGAGGCAGAUGGGAUGUUUGCAUAUGUUUUCCAUGAUGAGUUUGUGGCGUCUAUGAUCAAAAUCCCCUCAGACACCUUCACCAUCAUCCCCGACUUUGAUAUCUACUACAUCUAUGGCUUCAGCAGCGGUAACUUUGUUUAUUUCCUAACUUUGCAGCCUGAGAUGAUCUCACCACCUGGCUCCACCACAAAAGAGCAAGUUUAUACCUCUAAGUUGGUCCGGUUGUGCAAAGAGGACACAGCUUUUAACUCCUAUGUUGAGGUGCCCAUUGGCUGUGAGAAGAACGGAGUGGAGUACCGAUUGCUCCAGGCAGCCUACUUGUCCAAGGCUGGAGCCAUUUUAGCGAGGUCUUUGGGUGUUGGCCCUGAGGAUGACAUCCUCUUCACAGUCUUCUCCAAGGGGCAGAAAAGGAAGAUGAAGUCCUUGGAUGAGUCUGCUCUUUGCAUCUUCGUCCUGAAAAAGAUCAACGAUCGUAUCAAGGACAGGCUGCAGUCCUGCUACAGGGGAGAGGGGACAUUAGAUCUGGCCUGGCUCAAAGUCAAGGACAUUCCCUGUAGCAGUGCGCUGUUAACAAUUGAUGACAACUUCUGUGGCCUGGAUAUGAAUGCCCCCUUGGGAGUAUCAUCUAUGGUGCGAGGGCUCCCCAUUUACACUGAAGAUGGAGACAGAAUGACAUCUGUGAUUGCUUAUGUCUACAAGAACCACUCCCUAGCUUUUGUGGGAACCAAGAGUGGAAAGCUCAAGAAGAUCCGUGUGGAUGGCACCACCAAGAACACACUGGAGUAUGAGAUAGUGCAGGUGGUGGACACUGGCCCCAUCUUACGGGACAUGGCCUUCUCAAUGGAUCAUGAACACCUCUAUAUCAUGUCUGAGAAGCAGCUCACCCGGGUGCCCGUGGAGUCCUGCAGCCAGUACAAGACCUGCAGCGAGUGCUUGGGCUCAGGAGACCCUCACUGUGGGUGGUGUGUGCUUCACAACACGUGCACAAGGAAGGAGCGAUGCGAGCGCUCCAGCGAGCCUCGGAGAUUCGCCUCGGAGAUGAAGCAGUGUGUCCGGCUUACCGUGCAUCCCAACAACAUCUCCGUCUCCCAGUACAACGUAUUGCUGGUCCUGGAGACCUACAACGUCCCUGAGCUGUCAGCAGGAGUCAACUGCACCUUCGAGGACCUGUCAGAGAUGGAUGGCUUGGUGGUGGGCAGUCAGAUCCAAUGCAUCUCACCAGCUGCCAAAGAGGUGCCCCAGAUCAUCACAGAGAAUGGAGACCAUCACAUAGUCCAGCUCCAGCUCAAGUCCAAGGAAACGGGUAUGACCUUUGCCAGCACCAGCUUCGUCUUCUACAACUGCAGUGUCCACAAUUCGUGUCUGUCAUGCGUGGAGAGCCCUUACCGGUGCCACUGGUGCAAGUACCGCCACGUCUGCACUCAUGACCCCAGCUCCUGCUCCUUCCAGGAGGGACGAGUCAAGCUGCCUGAGGACUGCCCCCAGCUGCUGCAGGCCGAGAAGAUCCUGGUGCCAGUGGAAGUGAUCAAACCGAUCACGCUGAAGGCCAAAAACCUGCCCCAGCCACAGUCUGGCCAGCGAGGCUACGAAUGCAUCUUGAACAUCCAGGGCAAUGAGCAGCGCGUGCCCGCCUUGAGGUUCAACAGCUCCAGUGUGCAGUGCCAGAACACUUCGUAUUCGUACGAAGGCAUGGAGAUUAACAGCCUGCCGGUGGAGCUGACGGUCGUAUGGAACGGGAAUUUCAACAUUGACAACCCAGCACAGAACAAAGUUCAUCUGUACAAGUGUGGGGCCAUGCGAGACAGCUGUGGCCUGUGCCUGAAAGCCGACCCGGACUUCGAGUGUGGCUGGUGUGAGGGGCAGAACCAGUGCACGCUGAAGCAGCACUGCCCGGCCCAGGACAGCCAGUGGCUGGAGUUGUCCAGCACCAAAGGCAAAUGCACCAACCCCAAGAUCACAGAUAUCAACCCAGUGACAGGCCCUCGUGAAGGAGGGACAAAAGUGACCAUCCGUGGGGAGAACCUGGGGCUGGAGUUCAGAGACAUCGCAUCCCAUGUCAAAGUGGCUGGAGUGGAGUGCAAACCACUGGUGGAAGGGUACAUCCCAGCAGAGCAGAUAGUAUGUGAGAUGGGGGAGGCCAAACCCAGCCAGCACGCUGGAUUUGUGGAGAUCUGCGUGGCCGAGUGCAAACCAGAGUUCAUGGCCAGGUCUUCACAGCUCUACUACUUUAUGACUCUGACACUCUCUGAUCUCAAGCCGAAGAGGGGACCUGUGUCAGGUGGCACCCAGGUGACAAUUACAGGCAAUAACCUCAAUGCAGGCAGCAACGUCAUCGUGACCUUUGGGCGACAGCCUUGCCUCUUCUUCAGGAGAUCCACCAAGCACAUUGUCUGUAACACCACUGCCUCAGAUGAAGGCUUUGAGAAGGUGAAGGUGUCUGUGAGAGUGGACAAGGCCAAGAUACAUCAGGAGCUGCAGUAUGAAUAUGUGGAGGAUCCAACCAUCCUGAGGAUUGAGCCCGAGUGGAGCAUCUUCAGUGGCAACACACCCAUUGCAGUGUGGGGAACACACCUAGACCUGAUCCAGAACCCUCAGAUCCGGGCAAAGCACGGUGGAAAGGAGCACGUCAAUAACUGCGAGGUGCAGAACAGCACAGAGAUGACCUGCCAGGCUCCUGCACUGGCUGUUGAUCCCAGUCACCAGUCUGAGCUAGCUGAGCGUCCAGAGGAGUUCGGCUUCAUUCUUGACAAUGUGCAAUCCUUGCUGAUCCUCAACAAAACCAAUUUCACCUACUAUCCAAACCCAAUCUUUGAGGUUUUCAAUCCCUCAGGAAUCUUGGAGUUGAAGCCAGGAAGUCCAAUCAUAUUGAAGGGCAAGAACCUGAUCCCACCAGUGGCAGGAGGGAAUGCCAAGCUGAACUACACGGUUCUGGUUGGUGAGAAGCCCUGUGUGGUGACUGUAUCAGAUGUGCAGCUACUGUGUGAGUCCCCAAACCUCAUUGGGCGGCACAAGGUGAUGGCUCGUGUAGGAGGAAUGGAGUUCUCCCCAGGGAUGGUCUACAUCUCCCCAGACAGCCCUCUCAGCUUGCCAGCUAUUGUCAGCAUUGCGGUGGCAGGCGGCCUGCUCAUCAUCUUCAUCGUGGCCGUGCUGAUUGCCUACAAGCGCAAGUCCCGAGAGAGUGACUUGACCCUCAAACGCCUGCAGAUGCAGAUGGACAACCUGGAGUCCAGGGUGGCACUUGAGUGCAAGGAAGCUUUUGCAGAGCUGCAGACGGAUAUUCAUGAGCUGACAAGCGACCUGGAUGGAGCAGGGAUCCCUUUCCUCGAUUACCGAACCUACACCAUGAGGGUGCUUUUCCCUGGCAUUGAAGAUCACCCAGUCCUGAGAGACCUGGAGGUCCCUGGCUAUAGGCAGGAACGGGUGGAGAAGGGCCUCAAGCUCUUUGCACAGCUCAUCAACAACAAGGUUUUCCUGCUAUCCUUCAUCCGCACGCUGGAGUCCCAGCGCAGCUUCUCCAUGCGCGAUCGUGGCAACGUGGCCUCGCUGAUCAUGACAGUGCUGCAGAGCAAGCUGGAGUAUGCUACUGAUGUCCUCAAGCAGCUCUUGGCUGACCUCAUAGACAAAAAUCUGGAGAGUAAAAACCACCCCAAGCUGCUGCUCCGGAGGACGGAAUCUGUGGCUGAGAAAAUGCUCACCAACUGGUUCACCUUUCUUCUGUACAAGUUUCUCAAGGAGUGUGCUGGUGAACCUCUGUUCUCCCUCUUCUGUGCCAUCAAGCAGCAGAUGGAAAAGGGUCCCAUUGACUCAAUCACUGGGGAGGCCCGGUACUCACUGAGUGAGGACAAGCUUAUCCGACAGCAAAUUGAUUACAAGACACUGGUCCUGAGCUGUGUGAACCCUGACAACGUGAACAGCUCCGAGAUCCCGGUGAAGAUCCUGAACUGUGACACCAUCACACAGGUCAAGGAGAAGAUCCUCGAUGCCAUCUUCAAGAACGUGCCCUGCUCCCACCGGCCCAAAGCUGCUGAUAUGGACCUGGAGUGGCGGCAGGCAAGUGGGGCAAGGAUGAUCCUCCAGGACGAAGACAUCACAACCAAGAUAGAGAAUGACUGGAAAAGACUCAACACGCUGGCACACUAUCAGGUGCCAGAUGGAUCUGUGGUAGCUUUAGUCUCCAAGCAAGUCACUGCCUACAAUGCAGUCAACAAUUCCACAGUCUCCCGGACCUCAGCCAGCAAAUAUGAAAACAUGAUCCGUUACACAGGCAGCCCAGACAGCCUCCGCUCCCGCACGCCCAUGAUCACUCCUGACCUUGAAAGUGGAGUCAAGAUGUGGCACUUGGUGAAGAACCACGAACAUGGCGACCAAAAAGAGGGCGACCGGGGCAGCAAGAUGGUUUCUGAGAUCUACCUGACAAGGCUACUCGCCACCAAGGGCACUCUCCAGAAAUUUGUAGAUGACCUCUUUGAGACCAUCUUCAGCACAGCUCAUCGCGGCAGUGCACUUCCCCUGGCUAUCAAAUAUAUGUUUGACUUCCUGGAUGAGCAGGCUGACAAGCACAACAUCCAUGACCCCCAUGUGCGGCAUACUUGGAAGAGCAAUUGCCUGCCAUUGCGGUUCUGGGUUAACAUGAUCAAGAACCCACAGUUUGUCUUCGACAUUCACAAGAACAGCAUCACAGAUGCCUGCCUCUCUGUAGUGGCUCAGACAUUCAUGGACUCCUGUUCAACCUCAGAGCAUCGUCUGGGCAAAGACUCACCCUCCAAUAAGCUUCUGUAUGCCAAGGACAUCCCCAGCUACAAGAACUGGGUGGAAAGGUACUAUUCAGACAUUGCCAAAAUGCCAGCAAUCAGUGACCAGGACAUGAAUGCAUACUUGGCUGAGCAGUCUCGCAUGCAUAUGAAUGAGUUCAACACUAUGAGUGCACUCUCGGAAAUAUACUCCUACGUUGGCAAGUACAGCGAGGAGAUUCUCGGAGCCCUUGAUCAAGAUGACCAGGCUGGGAAACAGAAACUUGCCUACAAACUUGAACAAGUCAUAACCCUCAUGAGCAUAGACAGCUGAGAACUGUCCUGCCAGGGACACCCUGGGAGGGAUAAACCAAGUCGUGCCUCACUCAAGAUCAUCAUCUUUACCAAGUGCAAGUUUUGAUUGGCUGUAAGCAGAGUCACCCGAACAGCACUCCUCUCUCUCUCUCAUUUCUUUCUCUUUCAAAAUCUGUGGACAAAGUGAGAAAUCCCCAGGGAUUAAAAGAAAAGAUUGCAGAGGAAUCUUGGCUCUGGGGAUAUCAAGACAUUCAGGUGAAGCACUCGUUUUCACAGCUUCCCCUCUGCCUUUGUUCUAGAAAAAAUAAACAAUUCCACAGAAAUGAAACAAGACAAAACAAAACCCUCCCCCAGCAUUGCAUCAUCACUCUGCAGAUGGGAAAUUGAGAGGUCACCUCUGUCAUGCUGCUUUAACUGCCCUCCUAGGGAUGUAGCCUCUGGAGUGGACAUAGAAAUGAACUCAGUAUUACUAAAUGUCUCCCCGAGGGGAAGGCAGCCUGCCUGCAGGGAUCCUGAAGGGUUGGAGGAAAUCAAAAUCCUCUCCUGCAGAGCCAUUGCAACUCUAUCUCUUGAUAGGGACCCACUGGGAAAGGAACACCAAGGCUCCCUGCAAAAUGCCACAGCUCCGUCCAGAGUGGGAACAUUGUGGCUCUUAUCUGCCUGGGCAAACAGCGGUGUAGUUGCUCUCUUGGGGCAGUAGAAGGGUCAAGAAGGGAGGAAGGAGACCAACAGUCUCCUGCCCAUGUGAUUCAUAUGGUUAUUCUUAUUUUUCAAAGAGACCUGUGUUCCCCUCCGUCUUUCCCAUUGUGUCCUGUUGGUCGUAACACUGCUGGAAAAAUGCUCUCUCUUCUCAGUGGCAUCCCGUUGGUGGUGUUUCUGUUCCUUCUGGCGAUGGACAACACAGCAUCUCCCUCGUCCCCACCUCAGCUUGGAAAGCAGGAACCACAAGUCUCGCUUUGUUCCAGACAAGGAGCUUGGCCUCAAAAACCAACCAGAGGAUUUUUUUUUUUUAAAAGCUGUUUGUUCUUUUCAUUUUAUUUCCACAACUGAAACAAAGCUAUUGGUUUGUUUGGUGGAAUAUCAGAAGGAUACGAAAGGGCUUGCCAUGAAGCAUAGGACUGAUGGUAAAAGCUUCCUUCAAAGUCACUCCAAAGAGGAAAUGUCAUCACACAGUUUGGAAGGAAAUCUUGGAGGAAACCCAAACGAAACACUGCAGAAUUUUCUUCUGUCUAGAUACUCCCAGUCAAACUGCAUGUUUUCUGGAGAUCCGUGAACCAUUGUAAGCUCAUUUGCCUUUUGGUGCCAACUCCUGGCCCUUGCUCUUUUCCAUUUCUGGAACCAGCAGGCCUUGUUGAAGGCACAGUUGCUGACUGUGACGUGUUUGCUCUCUCUUUGCACUUCCUAUCCCUUCAGAGAUCAUUAUCAUCACAGGACAAGGAUGGGUGAUCACCUCGUUCUUUCCUCUGUUCGGCUCCUCCAGAAGAACUACAUCUCAAUCUAUUUCAAUACCAUCCAAAUAGGAAUGAGCUCCUGCAUCCCUUCUGCAUUCUGCUGGUUUCUCAUGCAGCUGCUGGCCUGUUUAACACCAUAGUUCAAUGCAGUGGGAGAACCAUCCCUGCAGAGCCUUGAGGGAACUGGAGAACCUCAGAUCUGGUAUACCACACAGGCAGAAGCUAGGUCUGUGUUCAUCUCACCUGAAUGGUGCUCACUCGCAAGUGGAGGAUUGGCCUCGUGCAGUGAAGAAUCAGUCCUCAUCCAUCUUUCACCAUCCUCCAAGCUACAGCCUGGAUUUACUUUGCACCUGGAUAGAUGAAGGGGUAAAGACAGGGUGUGUAAAUUGAUUAUGGAACAAGUGUAUUUGGUUUUAUUCAUGCCUCUUGCUAGCAAACCUGAACCUUUUCAGAGCAGUGGCUCAUAAGUGUGUGUAAAGGAAGAAGCGGUGCAAGCAGGAGUCAGAUAGCAAGCAGAUUUCAUUCAGCCAAGCAUACCCAUGUAAGCAAGCCGUUCUAAAACCAUUUAAAGAACAGCAGUCCAAAACUGGGUGCAUGUGUGGGGGGAGAAUAUCGCAAGAUUCAUACUGAAACAGCAAACUUAGGGACACGUCUUGGUUUUAAAACCCCAGACAUUUCUCUCUUGAUUAUAAUUAUGAUUAUUUUGUGCGUGUGCGUGUGUGUGUAUCUGUGUGCGCGUGUGCGUUAUUUCCUUUUUGAUUUUGCUUGCUUUCUGUUUGAUCGCUGAGCUGAUGGACUCAUCAUGCACCUUAUGGACAUCUCAGCAUUUUUAAGAGGCCUGCGCAAUGGGGAUGAUUUGGUUUGGUUGGCUCUGCCAUGGUUUUGUUGAUCCAUUUUGUAAUGUUGGCGCAUGUUCCAGAUCCAUUGAUUAUGGCUGUGAAAGUGGGGUAAAUGUCCCACCAGAGCCAGCGGUAAGAAAAUUGCAACAACAACACAAACACAGUAUUUUUUAUAAGUACAUAAAAAGGAAAAUUAAAAAAAAAAAAAAAAAGGAAGAAACCAAAGGUUUUGACAAACAAAGUGCCACAAAAGAUAAAUAUGGACCCUAUUGUCAUGCCUUGUACUCACAGCUGGAAGGUAGGAGUCUAAGGACAAAUAGCUGGCUUGGAGGGAAGUGGUUAUGAGUGAUGGGCUAUGCUGCCUGGACAUGCGCACACAAAAAGGAAAAAGAAGCUGUUAAAAAAAAAAAGAAAAGAAAAAAAAAAAAAAAGAAAGUGAACUGGUGUAAUCCUGCACUGUUACUGAAGUCAGAGGAACACCACAGGGGAAAUCUGAGACUCACCUUGCUUCUUUUUGAUGUUUUCAGGGCUGUGUUUUUGUUUUAUUAUGGUUGUUUUCCACUGUUGCUGGUUUAUUUCUUCUUGCUGGUACAGAGUUUUUCAGCUGUAAAAAAUAUACAUAUAUUUCGAGAAAAACUUGAACACCUCAGAGACACUGAGAAUGAUACACUUAGGGGAAAUGGGAAGCGCCAUGAGAUUGGUAUCUUAAUCCCUCCCAAGUUCCCAUUUAGGCAUUUCCUUUUUCUCUCAACUCUCUUCUCCCUCCUAGCCCCAGGAUUUGAAAGAAAAUGUUGUAUUUCGAUUCUCUUUCAUCUCCUCCUCCUUUUUGUUUUCCUUCUUCAUUUUCUUUUUUAACUUUGGUGCUUAAGCUGGUUUUGAUUUUCACUUGGAAAAAUGGUCCAGAAUUGUGGUGUAAAUGUGUGGGCUUUGUCCUCUGUCCCAUUUGGUGUCCUCCUCCUUUCCAUCCACUAUUCCAGCAUCUGCCACAGUCUAUGAGAGGUCUCGGCAUCUUUCUUCCCAGCCUCACCUGUUGAGCUAAUUAUUUUUCUAAAUGCAUGUAAAAUACAAUUAAAAACAAAGACACAAGCAGAAGGAUGAGCCCGACUAUGACAUGGAUGGAUUCUUUUUCUCUUCCUUUGCCUUGUUACCCCCCAACUCCUCACUUUACCACAAGCUUGACCAAAAGUGUGCCGUGUGAGUUGUAUUUCACACAGCCUCACAGUAAGAACAGGAGUCAAAAUUCCCAGAAGUCAACAGACAGGUUCCUGGUAUCCAAAACAUACCAGAUAAUAGGCUGAUGUUUAAUUUUGUUCUCAGACACUGCAGUCAACGCAAUGAAUGCUGGCACUUUCAGUGCCAUCAGAAUCACGGAAAGAGAAUACGUGAAGACUCCUUGUGGUCCUACUCGAAGAGCAGAGUUUUUUCCACUGCAGAGUUUGCUUUGGGAAUUUGUGGCUAGGUUUGAGGAACAAAAACCACUCUGCAACAUACCGUGACCUCUUUGUGAGUGCAUUCACCUAGCAAUGUCACAGUGAGCUGAGGCACAAUCCAUCAUGUCAUGUGCUUUUGGAGACUGAGCCGUCCAGUAAAUGGAGUUGUGGGAAGAGUUGUGUGUCAUCUGGAAGAAGGUGUUAGAGAUUGGUAGUGCUUGAACAAACAGCACGUGAGAACUAGGGGAAAGGAGAAAUGCAGACUCUUAGGGGCAUCUUCAUCUCCUAACACACAUCAGUCCCUCUCUUCCCACACUUCAAUCUGUCAUUGAACAUAUUUGAAGAUUUGGUCCAGCAUGGCACAUGGCACACACCAGCCUUGCUCCAUUGGGCUUAAGCUGAUUUUCUCCAUCUUAACCAUUGCAGUUGUCUUGCCAUACCACUCAACACUAGAGAACAUAAAAACUAGUUUCAACAUGAAGAGGAUUUACCAGCAGAAUUCAGAUUCUUAUUCAUUUUAAUUGAAAUGUGUUUACUGAAGUUUCCAGAUCUUGUGCAUUAGCCCCUGAGGAUUCAUCUUCGUGGGAAAAAGACAAGAAAAUCACAUUAUUGUUUUUAUUACUUUUAAUGAUGCUAUUGAAAAUGGAUAGAUAAAGUUGCAGGAAUCCGUGGCCACUCUCGCUGUUGAGUAAUCCAACCUAAAUAGUACAUAGAAUCACAGAGUUAUAGAAUGGUUUGGGUUGGGAGGGACCUUUCAGAUCACCUAGUUCCAACCCCCCUGCUCUAGGCAGGGACACCUCCCACCAGACCAGGCUGCUCAAAGCCCCAUCCAGCCUGACCUUGAAUGCUUCCAGGGAGGGGACAUUCACAGCCUCUCUGGGCAACAUUAGCUAAGUGCUGGGAUACCUAUGGUGUAACAACCUACGAAAAAGCAGAUAAUGCCAAGAGCAAAAUUGUUUUAAAGUAAGCCACAACACAAAAUGCAGAUCUGUAUUUUCACAUGGAAUGUGAAGGGCUUUGAGAAGAAGUACCACUGUGUGAAAUACUCUUCCAAAGGAAGUCUGAAAACCUGAAAGGACUGAGUUCCAGGGCUUCUCUUAGUGGGGCAUACAGUUGUGUCUCCACAAAGGACGCUUGAGUCCAAGGACUAUCACAUACAAAAAAGAAAAGCCUGGGCUGCUGAAGAUGACCAGAACUCUUCCCUCACAUCACCAAGGCAUCAGUGAAAAAAGUCAUGCUUCACCCUUCCCAGCAGCCAAUAGAAGCUCAUGAAACAGAUGUAUCUGAUAGCUUGGAAAACUAGUUUCAUGCUGUAAAGGGAAUGACAAAGAGGAAGAAAACUGGUCCCACUUCUCAAAUUCCUGGGACAGGCUCUAGUAUGUAAGAGGUUUGUUCCAUCAUAGCAAUGUAUUGUUUUCUGGGUGAGCAGUGGCCAUUGCUAAUAGGGGAAGAUGCCAUGACCAGAUAAGCACUUACGUGUAACCUCAUCAAUCCUUGGUAGUCCUUUCUUCUCCUUGGUUCAGCAUGUAGCUGAAGGAGCUGGACAGAGGGCUCUGAUUAAAAAUGUGCAUGUUGGCCCCACUAGGUUUCUUCUGAUUUUCAGUGUCUCACCAGAAACUGCACUCAGGAGACCCAGUCUGUAUAUCUUCCACCCUUGAAUGCGGAAAUCAGUACAAAAAUCCAGCUCUUGAAUAACUGCUGUUGUCUAAACGCCUGUAUGCCCCCAGUAACCUCCUCUCCUGGGAUGACUAGGGAGCCCAGGAACGGAUUUGAUUAUUUACACAGCAAAUUGUGUUUCUUUGUUGGCAGAGGCCUCACCAUGACAGCUGUUGGGUAAAGAGGUACUGGCAUAGCCUCAGUGAUUCCAGGGCGAUUUGGUCUGUGUUAUCUGAUGUUAUCUAAAAUAUUGUCCUCCGGGGCAGAUGGAGAUCUUGGACUGCCCUAGCUCUUGCUAUCCAAGUUUGGUUUGCUGUAGAGCAGACAACGGAAAAUUGAGUGAUGCUCCAUGUCAUGGUGUGAACCUCAGCCUCCUGCCCAUUCACAGCUUGAGUUUUCUUGCUUUGCAUCCAGCUUUGUCUCCAUUUCAGAGCAUAGUUGAGUCCAUAGUGUUCUGCAGCUUUCCCUUACAUCUGCCACUGUGCAAUGUUCCUUCCCUCUGUGAGUUGUGUUGUCCUUUGGAGGAUAAGUGUUAUGCAGAGAAUGCUUUGAAACCAGAGCUGGUCAACCAUGAUUGAUCUGGGACAGUUCUCUGUGCUGUUUGAGAAGCACCCAAGGACACAGUGGCUUAUGGAAAUUAAUUAAUAUGCAAAAGAAUGACAAACGAAAAAAAAGAAAAAAGAAAAAUGAAAGAAAAAGAGAUUACACUUCGAAAGAAUAAAGCCACUACCAAAAAACAAGAAGAAACCAGAGAGGAUAUAAAGCUGCUUAGUCCAACCAAUCUGUCACGUGUGUGAUUUCUGUUGUCACUGUCAUUGUUUGUUCAUUGGCUAUAUUUUUUGUUUGUUAAUCUUCUGUUCUAAAAGUGGAGAGUUUACCUCAAGAAUUCCUUUCUGCUUGGAAUCAGAUCACCUCAAAGACACUUGCAGCAAAAUGAAGCAUGCAGGGAAGCUCAGCAAAGUCAACCUGCUUAUGGAAAAUGGGGGAACAGGACAUUUAGGCUCUUUCAGCAUCCCCUUCUCUUGCUGGUGUGGUUUGAAUCUGAGGGCAGUAUUUCUGAGCAGGAGAGGAUGCUGUUCACUUUCAGGUAGACUGGAACACAAGAGCCAAUCAGAGAAACCAAGGCACACGUCUGAGCUUGACGUCCUUUCUUAAGUAUCUUAAAGAAACUUGGUGUUACUUAAAAUCUCUUCGCUGCUCUUUCACCAUUCCCUGGAGAAAAUCCACUUUCCAGCCCAGGGUGGGGUAAGGAAGCAGAGAGAUUAGGUGCUAGCUAAAUGCUCCCAGCAUUUUCCCCAAGGAAUCAAGAUGAGAGGCAACUGGAUUAUUUAAUGCCACAAGACAGGCCCUUCCUAGUGUCUGACCCUGUGUCUUGGAUGUACACAUGAGCCCAGAAGUCUCAUUCUCUGUUUUUGCUAAGGCUUCCACCUUAAGUACAAAAUCAAUGUAAAGACAUAUCCUUUCACUACAGUGUUACUAACAGCCUCAAAGAGAUGUCAAGACAACAUUAGAAAGGAGGUUGGGAUCCUUUUUUCUUUUUAGGUUGUUGUUGUUGUUGGUUUGAUUUUCUUUUGAAUUGAUCCUAGUUAAAAAAAUAAAAUAAAAUCUAUACUAUUUAAA